AUGGUCAAGUCCUAUUUGCGCUAUGAACGUUCCUAUUCCUUUGGUGUAAUAGCUUCUAUUGAAGGCAAUGUCAUUUACGAUGCCAGUGGUCGCUUUGCCAUUGCUCCAGCCUUGCAAGAUGUGGCUGUAUGGAACGUCCGUCAGGGCAACAAAGUGCGUGAUCUUCUAGCACCGGAAAGUGGCGGCGGUCAAGUGACAGCGCUAGCUCUGAGUCCUGACGGCAACGACGUGGCGUGUGGGUACUCAACAGGUGCUAUUUGUGUGUUUAAACUGGCCAAUGGGGCACUGGUGGUGACACUGGACGGUCACAAAGGGGCAGUAGAGACACUGACAUACCGUGCAGACGGUGCUGAGCUAGCGUCUGGUUCACGUGACACGGACGUGAUUGUAUGGGACUUGGUGAGCCAGACGGGGCUUUUUCGACUUAAAGGACAUAAAGAUGCAGUGACAGCGCUGGUGUUCUUGACUCCUAGGACACUGGCUUCAAGUUCCAAGGACACGCUUGUAAAAGUGUGGGAUCUAGAGACGCAGCAUUGCGUACAGACGUGUGUCGGCCACAGGAACGAGGUGUGGUCACUGGCUGUCAAUUUGAAGGGAGAUCGGCUGUUAACGGGCGCGUCGGACAAUCAAUUACGUGUGUGGAGUGUACAACACCAGGAUGAAGAAGAAGGAGAGACGGUGAAACUUCUAGGCUCUAUUUACAGACAGAGCAAUGAACGAGUAGCUAGAGUGGCUUAUAGUCCUAACGGAGACCUGGUGGGUGUGCAGAAUGCAGGUAAGACGGUGGAGAUAUACCGUGUUCGUUCAGCGGACGAGAUUAAGAAGAAACGCCAACGUCGUGAGAAGCGACAACGUGAGAAAAGUAAAAAGAGACAACAGCAGAUUGAGGGAGCAGGAAGUAGCAAGAAACUUGUAAUUCCUGAGGUGUCGGAAAAGGUGGAAGAGGACGCAGCUGACAAUUCGGCUACGGACGAACUUGAGCUACUGUGUGUGGUGCGAUCGUCUCACCGUGUAAAGUCGUUUGCUUUUUCUCCGGACGCGGCGAAGGACGGAACCACGUCGUUGAUGCUUGGACUGCAGAACAACAGCAUUGAGACGUACACAUUGUCACCAAGUGUGACAACGCUCGAGGGCAGAUAUGGAAAGUCUCACGUACUUUCGUUGAGUGGACACCGAUCCGAUGUGCGUCAAGUGGCUAUCAGUUCGGACGACCAGCUUAUCUUGUCACUGUCGGGUUCUUCUGUGAAGAUCUGGAAUGCUCGCUCAUUGCAGUGUAUCCGCACGUUGAGCGAUAGUCUGUCGCUCGCACUGUCGGCAGUGUUUGCACCAGGUAACAUGCACGUUGUUGUGGGCACGAAGCUUGGUCAUUUGCUUCUUUUUGACCUGAACUCAGGUGAGUGUAUUUGGAAAGACGAGGAGGCUCACAACGGUGGCGCUGUGUGGUCCAUCGACGUGCGUCCUGACGGACGUGGAAUUGUUACUGGUGGUGCUGACCAGCACGUAAACUUCUGGGACUUUGAGAUGCAUCGCCCUGAUGAUGCGGAGCCGAAUAGCGGGCUGCGUAUGGGGCUGUCGCAUACCCGUAUGCUCAAAAUGUCCGAUGAUGUGUUGUGCGUCCGCUUUAGCAACACGAAAGACGCCAAAAAGGUAGUAGUUGCGGUGGCUUUGUUAGACUGUACGGUGAAAGUGUUCCAUGAUGACUCGCUGAAGUUCUUUGUAAGCCUGUAUGGCCACAAGCUGCCAGUCAUGUCGAUGGAUAUUUCUUCAGACGAUACCAUGCUAGUGACGGCAUCUGCUGACAAGAAUGUGAAGCUGUGGGGGCUUGAUUUCGGUGAUUGUCACAAGUCGAUCUUCGCACACCAGGACAGCAUUAUGUGCGUGCGUUUCGUGCGCAAGACGCACUACUUCUUUACUGCAUCGAAAGACAAGUCAAUCUGCUAUUGGGAUGGCGACCACUUCGAGCGGAUUCUUAAGCUUGAUCGCCAGCACUUUGGCGAAGUGUGGGGACUCGCAGUAAGUGGCGAUGGCAGCUUCGUAGUGAGUUGUUCGCAGGACCGCUCGCUGUGCAAGUACAUCCGCACGGAGGAUCAAGUUUUCAUUGAGGAAGAAAAAGAGAAAGAGAUGGAGCAGCUCUUUGAAGAUGAGCUGAGCAACAACAGCAACAACAAGAGACCUGCUCUGGGCAAGGAGAAGGGUGAAGAUGACGAAAGGAACAAGGACAAUUCAGCUUCGGCCGCUAAACGAACUAUUGAGUCGGUUCGUGCUGGUGAGAGUGUGAUGGAGGCCAUUGACCUGGCUGAAACGGAGCUGCAAGCUAUUGCAGACUUUGAGAGACGCAAGCAGGAGAAAGAGAAAGCUGCUAAGGAAGCGAAGGCCAAUGCUUUGCCUGGGGUUGAAGACGAGAAUGAUGUUGAUAUGGAGGAAACUGGUAAGCUUAAGAAAGCAUCGCGUCCGCCUAACAUGCUGCUGUUGGGUUACUCGCCGCUCAAGUACGUGCUCCACACGCUGCGUCGGAUCCGACCGCAUGAUAUGGAGGAGGCACUUAUCGUGUUGCCGUUUGACUAUGUGGAGCGCCUGAUCCGGUUGUUACUGCAGCUGAUCUCGAGUCAUUUAGAGCUGGAACUCUGCUGUCGCAUUGUGCUAUUCUUGCUCAGACUGCACAAUUCGGCCAUUUGUGCGCGUGUGGGUCUUUUCAAUGAACUUGAGUUGCUGUGGCAGCGAUUGCGCUCACAACUUGUGGAGAACAAGAGCCGCAUUGGUUUCAACUUGGCCGGUCUCAAGUAUUUAAAGCGAACAAUUGACGAGGAGCGAACUGGUUUCGUUCAGCAGAUUGCUGCCACAUCCGGCCGAACCAAGAAGAAGCGAAAGGUUGAAACGUAA